AUGUCUUCGGUACGAGUAAAGCUCAUUUUUGAGCGGCCUUUAGUCAAAUCGCCGGAACAGUGCUGGAUGCUGGUUGAUAAAAGUUCAUGCAAGAUGGUUCACGAUUUGGAAUAUUUGAUUGUUAAGAAGUUCUUCGUGGCUGGCCACACUAUAUUGAAUCUGUUUCUGGAUGAUUUUCUGUUGCCCUCAAAAGAGAAGAUUGAUGUCAUUAGAGAUAAUGAUGUGAUAAGGUAAAUUUGAGCAGUUUGACUUUAUAUUAAAGAGUCCAUAUUCAUGUUGCCACAAAUAACAUUGAAUCGACGUUAUUUUGUCACCCACCCACUCCAGAUAAUGUAGAUCAAUAUUCAGUCAUAUAUUUUUGACUUUCAUAUUUCUGAUACAAAAUCUGUUAUGUGACAGUUAUGUCUCAAUCAAUUCCAUGGGUGCCCAACCCCUCCCCGGGCGUUUGUCGGGCAUUUGUCAUUUUGGCGAAAAAACGUUGCAAAUGCCCCACUAUGGGGUCCAAAUAAUGCAACAAAAUCCCCACCCUUGGGGACUUACAUUGACGCAAAUGCCCCACCCUUGGGGGACAAAAUAUAAGUUUUCUGAGGAUUUCUGAUCCAAAAAAUCGAAUGCAAGCUCUAUCGCGUAUCAAUAUAUCUGUAGCCAUUUCGUUUCAAAACGUUUUUAAUUAAAAUAUUGAAGUCUCAAAAUUUUAUAUAGCAAUAUCAAACUGCGGAAGUAAGUCAAUGUAUCAAUAUGAUGGACAAGAAAAAAGUGUUUGUGUGUAUGUCCCAUCGUAUGUCCGCCAUGAUUAAUUUGCAAUACGCACGCACGUGUAAACAUGCGUACUAAAGUACGGCUAAAUGGCGAAACAAGCGAUAAAUAUUCGACUUUUCAGCCUCGAGCAAAUUCCCCACCCCGGGGCUAACCUGCAGAAAGCAAAUGCCCGACCCUGGGAACAAGUGCAGUUGAGAAUGCCCGACAAACGCCCGGGGGGGUGUUGGGCAACCAUGGAAUUGAUUGAGACAUUACUUUGGGUAUUUAUAAUUGUCAAAUUGCCACUCAUAACGUCGACAUAGGCGUACCGGGCAGGGGGGGGGGCAGCCCCUCCCCCCCCCAGUUUUUUGGGCAGUCGGGCAAUAUUCGAUCAAUAGUCGGGCAAUUUAGGUCUGUAAUCAAUAUAAAUGGGACAAAUUAUGUCAAUUUCGACAAAUUCAGACAAUAAUUCAGACAAUUUCAUGGUCAAUUGUGUGUUGUUUUGAAAAUUUGUGUGAUGUUCUGAAAGGGUUGUUCUGGGGGGGGGGUCGCCGAAAUAAUUGUUCCGGAAAAAAAAUUUUCAGUACUAGUCGGGCACAAUCCCGAAAAGUCGGGCAGAUUUCUUUCCGCCCCCCUAAUUUUUUCCUUCCGGUACGCCCAUGAACGUCGAUAAGUUCAUAUAUAACCCCACGCACUCAUAACGUUGAUUCAACAUUAUUUAUGGCAACCUGAAUAUGGAUGUGGCCCCUAACCUCACUGGCAUUCCUUGCGGGGGUUUUUGUUGGGGUGAAUGUUAGGGUUUUACGACACCAGAUGCCAAGUAUUGACAUCACCCAUAACAAACACCCGUGAGGUGGUCCAGGGUGCAUUCUGUGCACAAAAGUGCGAAGAUAUCUGGCAUGAGUUUGGCAAAUUACAAUACUAUCUAUAGAUAAUAUUGGUUUAUCUUUGGCAUAGAAUAGAUCCAUAGUGGAAUAGAUCCAUAGUGGAAACUGGUAAUGCAUAUGAUAUUUGCACACCAAUCGGGGGGACACAUGCAAUAGAACCUAUUGUUUCUUCUAGAAAUCAGUUUGGUGAGUGCCAAACUUGUGUAAGAACAUAUGAUCCUUAUACGCCGAAGACAUUCAGCGCAACACCACAACUUUUCACCAUGGGAAUAGAUCCUUUUGGAAAGUAUGUGACUUUGGCUACAGAGCCAUUUAUGACUGAGAGGCUUGGGUUUAACUAAUCUUACAUGCACAAAAACAAGGCUGUUAAACAAGGCUUCAACUUUCAAAUGUUCAAAACGAGAGAAUAGUGUGCACCUAACAGCUAUAGCUCUUACAGAUUAAGGCAGUACUAUAUACCAUUCAUACAAUUGUUUUUAAAACUAAAGUCUUGAAAAUGUAGUGUGAAGUUUAAUCUAACUGUAAUAUAUUUUGACAGAUGAACUGCCUCACCCUAGUAGGGAACAUGUUCCCAGAGAAGACUCCCAAAUUUCAGCUGAAUUUGUUGAUCUGCCAAAUUUUAAGAAAAUCCUAUACAUGCCUGUCAGAUGUUGGGAUCCUAGGUAGCGGCACUACCUGCAAGUGCCUGAAGCUAACUGCAAUCCUUGGUCAGAAGGUCUUACCAUGCAUAGAAAUUAGAAAAUUUCAAGAACUCUUUUUUCAAAUGCCGAAACUCCAUUUUCAAAAGCCAGAACUCCUUUUUCAAAUGGUAGAACUCCGUUUUCAAAUGCCAAAACUCCGUUUUCAAAUACCAAAACUCCGUUUUCAAAUGCCAGGACUCCGUUUUCAAAUGCCAGAACUCUUUUUUCAAAUACCAAAACUCCAUUUUGAAAUGCCAGAACUCCGUUUUGAAAUGCCAAAACUCAGUUUUCAAAUGCCAAAACUCCUUUUUCAAAUGCCAAAACUCCAUUUUCAAAUGCCAGAACUCAGUUUUCAAAUGCCAGAACUCCGUUUUCAAAUGCCAAAACUCAGUUUUCAAAUGCCAGAACUCAGUUUUCAAAUGCUAAAACUCCAUUUUGAAAUGCCAAAACUCCAUUUUCAAAUGCCAGAACUCCAUUUUCAAAUGCCAAAACUCCAUUUUCAAAUGCCAAAACUCAGUUUUCAAAUGCCACAACAGCACAACUCUGUUUUUAAAUGCCAGAACUCCGUUUUCAGAAGGAGAACUCCGUUUUUGGGUUGAUAUAUGAAAAUUUUCGACUAAUUGGUUUUGAGCAAAUUAGUGGACACUCAAUUUUGACAAUAUGAAACAUAACUUGAAAAAUUUCUUUGGUGCCUGGUCCCCUGUCGUAAUUUGCUAACUGAAAAUAUUUUUUGGCUACUUGCAAAAAAACUAAAUAUACAGGCAUGUCAAAUUCUUGGUUCCACUAGUAACAGGCAUAUUAAUAUUUUAUUUCUACCAGGGUCGUAGAAGAUAACAAUAAUAUUUUAAGUAAUGAAAACUCCGAAAAAACAAGCAGUAAGGAAAAGAUCCGAAGUUCAAAGUAAGUUUUUGGUUUUUAUAAUCCCAAUAAUAUACAGUGAGUUAACACAUAUAACUUGUUUGUUUUCAAGGAAAAGAAAAUAUGAGGAAAGCUGCGACUCGAAGAGAAAAAUAAAAAAGGCAAAACAUUCAUCUGAUAAAAAUUUAACAGCUGAAAAUAACAUUGAUGGUAGCAUUACAGAUAAACAGCCAAACUCAAAUCUUGUGGUCACAAAUGACUCAAGAACCACUCAAAGCUCCUUACUUCAUAAUAUACACAAAGAAAAAAACAAAAACAAAAACACAGAAAAUGUAAAUACAAUUUCUAACAAAAACUCCCUACAGAAAGGCGAUUCUAUUGCUGAAACAAAAACGAAACAAAAGAAAUUGAAAAAGCGGCAUAAAAAACCAUCGAAAGAUAAAUCUAUUGCGACAAAGUUGAACAGUUUCUGGGAUAAACUAGCAGGCAGUCGGAAUCAAUGGAAUCCAACAUUUAGCACUAAAAAAUUAGCUGAGCCUGAAACCACACAAACUGUUACAGCAAAGGAUAAUGGUAUAAAUUUGGCAGGGAGUGCAGAUAAGGAGAGAAUGCAAGAUCCCACAGUAAAUGGUAAAGUACAAGAGAAUAAUGGAGAUUCAUUGUCUAAAGGAAAGAGUAAUAAUAAAGAAAUACCAAACAGAAUUGAGAAUGGUGAGGUUUUUGUCUUGACUUCUAACUAGUUUUGUGGAUGAUUUGUCUUUUGUCUACACUAAAUGGUGAAGAAUGAUGCGUCCAUAGUAUAAAACAGAUAACUAAACACGCUAUUGAUUUGGCAAAGGGUGCUUGUUGAACAUGCUAACGACUAGGCGAAGGGCAUUUAUUUAUUUUUGUUUAUUAUUACAAUACAUAAUACUAUAACAAGAAAAAUAUACAUGACUAUAGGCAGGUUGACUGCAACAGCAUGAGCCAAUUACUGCAGGCCCGAACAUAAACAUGCUAAUGACUUAGCGAAGGGUGCUGGCUGAACACGCUAACGACCUAGCGAAGGGCACUUGCCUAACAUAUCAGUUGAAAUAUACAGUAUGCAUUAACUUUGUGAAAGUUGCCACCAGCUUAAUGGUGAAACAUGUUCCAAUCAGUAUAUCUAAAACUAGUAAACACAUCUAAAGAUUGUCACAGAAAUGUCAUUUUUGUUUGAACAAGACAAUCACAAAUCAUUUGAUUUUAACCCAUUAAGUGACAGCACUUUCCCCUUGACAAGUAAAACUGUCUGGGAUUUUUGACAAAGUAAAAUAAUAAAGUAAGGUGCAUCAGGGCACAUUGCCACGUAUGUUAAAGCGUUAGGUUGAUAUUUCCCAUUCUAUAUAUUUUCUUUGUUGUUUAGGUACUCCCCGGACAAGUCAAGGCAAUCAUAUAAGAUUUGACAACGAAGAGGACAACAAUUCAGUGACUGAAGUAUUAAAUAAUGCAAUGCUACCAUUGGCACAUCCACGUGUUUUGUCCAUUCGCGGAGCCAAUACCCCGUGUCCAAAUGGCACGCCAAAUUUAUCUCCCAUCGAACCCCACGCACAAAAUGGUUUUUCUGCCAAUAAAUCUGUGAAUGGAAGUGACAAGGUCAACAACCACAGAGGGGGGAAAGGAGGGAAGAGGAAGGAUUCUUAUACAAACACAAGUCGGAUUAUGGAAAGUACCAGGGUUGAGAAAGAUACCCAACCACAGGUUAGAUGUUUAGAUUCUUGAGUUUGUAAUGGCAACAAGAUGUAGACCAUGUAAAUCCUUUGAUUGCAGUCAUAAUGAUGACCACCCACUCUAGACUAGUCUCUUUUUUGGCCUUCCUGUGUGAUUGGAUCGGUUUUGAAAUAGUCUCUUUUUUGGCCUUUCUGUGUGAUUGGAUCGGUUUUGAAACGCGGGAGAAGGCCAAACGAAAUUCGUCAAAUAGGUCGUAUUCCUAAAUUCAUAAACAUGCAAGGGUGGAAAAAAUAGGGUAGGAGUGGAAAAAAUAGCCGAGCACGCGACCACUGCUCGCAGGAAUUGUUAAACAGCUGCAGGAAAUUCGUUUGAAUGAAGAUUUGCUAUUGAAAAUUUGAAGGAAACCUUAACACCCAUGUCCCACUAUGGGCACAACAACAUAUGGUUGACAGACAUUAUUCCUUGAAUUUAACACCACGGUCAGCGCAAAUUUAGCACAAAAAUACUCCGUUGGUCUGCAGGAAAUUUUUGUCUUCAGGUUGUGCUCCCAGGAAGAAAAUUAUUUUUUCCUGCCCUGCUAAUAAAGUAACCUUGCCUGAACUGGCUGUUCAAGUAAGGUUACUGUAUGAGUUUAGGAAUAAGACCUACAGUACAUAUUUCCAUCCAUAUCAAAUAUCUUGGUCAAUUGUUCAUCCCAAAGGCAUAAUAUAGUUAUACAAAAACAUUGAUAUAAAUAUGCAGAACCUAGGGCCGCUCGAAGGGCAAAGGUGGCGGCCAGAUUUACGAAUUGUGCUAGGCCUUCUCACCGAGCCUAGCAUCAUGGAAGCGAAAGGCAGGAACUAGGCUGCAUUCACUCUCAAAUGGGUCAAUGCUUACAAAGAUUUUCAUGUCAUUUGAUCUUUUUACAGUUUUCCUACUUUUUUUUGCCUAUCAUUCCAUGUUAGAAUUUGUGAUAUAACGGUUAGUCAUGUUACGCCGAUUUUAUUUACAGGAGUCUCUGUCUGUCACGGUCGAUACACCCGAGAAAGACUUUUCAGUUUAUCCUUUGUUACACGGACCUCCAAGAAUUGGAGAUACUGUCGCUUACAAGGUACAACAGUAGACUAAUUUUAGUUUGCAUUUGCAGUUAGAUGUAAAUUGACCAUUUCAUGUGUCUAUCGCGCUAAAAGUAAACAUUUUUGCCGCAAAAACGCGAAGACCCAUUUCUACACAGGAAAAAUUCCCACGGACAGAAAAUUUUCCGAAAAUAUCAUUGUUAAAAGUUGAAAAUUUUCAACUUCAAAAUAUUUUUCCGACGAAAAAUUCGCGUCGGCCAAUCACAUUUUACAAAAUUUUCUUUUCGCGGAAAAUUUUCCUGAGUGGAAAGGAGCCUUAAAGUCAGGUUUGAACGGUAAGAUUUUCACGAACAUUUCGUUCGACGAAUUAAGUACGUCCGAAACACACCGUCCGAAGCAAUUAAGCGUCGACGCUUUUUACUAGCUGUAGCAAAACUGAACUAUUAGGCUUGGUUGGUUUCGACGUGCUAGUGGUGCUACACACGUAAAAACGCACAAGUUGUUACAAGUCUGCAAACAAGUUGUUACAAAUCUGUUCACAAACCGUCGACAAGUUGUCUUCGCACUGCUUGUUCCCAGUUGUUGUAACAAGCUUGAUGGCAUUAUCAGACUUGUUACAAGGUUGUUCUAACAAGUCUGAUACAGUCAUGAUAUAACAAGAAUGGUACAAGGUUGACGACACAAGGUUGUAACAAUAUUGUUAUAUCAUAACUGUAUUGGACUUUGUUGGAACAACCUUGUUCCAAACUUGUUGGGACAAGCAGUGCGAACACAACUUGUUGAUAGCCUGUUGGCAGACUUGCUAGUUGCUACAGUACACGCGUAAAAAUUUCACAUCUUACAACAAGUCUGCCAACAAGCCGUCAACAAGUUGUGUUCGCACCGCUUGUCCCAAGUUGUCAACAAGCUUGGAACAAGCUGUUAACAACUUGUAACAACCUUGUUGAUAUUAUCAGACUUGUUGCAAGGUUAUCCCAACAAGUCCGAUACAGUCAUGAUAUAACAAUAUUGUUACAACCUUGUGUCGUCAACCUUGUAACAUUCUUGUUAUAUCAUGACUGUAUCAGGCUUGUUAGAACAACCUUGAAACAAGUCCGACAGUGCCAUCAAGCUUGUUACAAGUUGUAACAGCUUGUUACAAACUUGUUACAACAACUGGGAACAAGCAAUGCAAACACAACUUGUCGACAGGUUGUGAACAGAUUUGUAACAACUUGUUUGCAGACCUGUAACAAUUUGUGCGUUUUUACGUGUGUACACACGUAAAAACGCACAAGUUGUAACAAACCUGCAGCAGACUUGUAGCAAUGCUGUUCCAACAACUUGUCAACAGGAUGUGUUCGCACUGCUUGUUCCCAGCAUGUUGACAAGUUGUCAACGGCUUGUUGACAACAUGCUACAAGGUUGUUAAACUCAACAGACUUGUUACAAGUUGUUCCAACAACUUGUUAUCGUCCUGCAGUUCAUCAAUUUGUCAACAAAUUAUGAAUGACAACCUUGUAGCAACUUGAUAAAAUAACAACAUUCUACAAGUUGUUGACAAGCUUUUUACAAGCCUUGUAACAUUCUUGUUAUAUCAUGACUAUAUCAGAUUUUUGUGGAACAACCUUGUAACAAGUCUGAUAAUGCCAUCAAGCUUGUUACAAGUUGUUAACAGCUUGUUCCAAACUUGUUGCAACAACUGGGAACAAGCAGUGCGAACACAACUUGUCAACAGCUUGAGAACAUAAUUUCAACAUAUUUAUAACGACUUGACAAAAAUCUUGCAACUUGUCAACAAGAUGUGUUUGCAACAGGCUUGUAGCAAGCUUGUCAACAAGUU